GCACAAGCUGGGAGGAGGGAGCGGGGAGAGCAUCCUGGUGUCACAGCUGCAGCAUGGGCUGACUCUGGAGUUCGAACACAGCGAUUCACCUCGUCGCCUUCGCCUCGUACUUAGUGAAUUGCUGGCAAUUAUGAAUAAGGUGUCAGAAUCAAAUGGUGAGUUUUUUCUCAAAUCUUCUGAGCUCUUCGAGAGUCCUGUGUAUCUGGAAGAGGCAGCAGAUGUUCUCUGCAUUCUGCAAGCAGAGCUGCCAUCCCUGUUGCCAAUAGUUGAUGUGGCUGAAGCUCUGCUGCACGUUAAAAAUGGAGCCUGGUUCCUCUGCCUUCUGGUGGCCAAUGUUCCUGAUAGCUUUAAUGAGGUCUGUAGGGGGCUGAUCAAGAACGGUGAGCGGCAGGACGAGGAGAGCGUCGGGGGCCGCCGGAGGACGGAAGCGCUUCGCCACCUCUGCAAGAUGAACCCUUCCCAGGCUCUGAGGGUGCGGGGCAUGGUGGUGGAGGAGUGUCAUCUGCCAGGUCUUGGUGUGGCUUUGACCUUGGAUCACACCAAAAAUGAAUCUUCAGAUGAUGGAGUGAGUGACCUGGUGUGUUUUGUGAGCGGCUUGCUACUUGGAACAAAUGCAAAGGUUCGAACUUGGUUUGGAACUUUCAUUCGAAAUGGCCAGCAGAGAAAAAGAGAUAAUAUCAGUUCUGUGCUUUGGCAAAUGAGGAGGCAGCUGCUCCUGGAGCUCAUGGGAAUCCUUCCCACGGUUCGCAGCACACACAUUGUGGAGGAAGCAGAUGCUGACACGGAGCCCAAUGUGUCUGUGUACUCAGGGCUGAAGGAGGAGCACGUUGUCAAAGCCAGUGCCUUGUUACGUCUCUAUUGCGCCUUGAUGGGGAUUGCUGGCCUGAAGCCAACGGAUGAAGAGGCUGAGCAGCUGCUGCAGCUGAUGACCAGCCGGCCUCCCGCAACUCCCGCUGGCGUUCGCUUUGUGUCUCUGUCCUUCUGUAUGCUCCUGGCCUUCUCCACUCUUGUCAGCACCCCGGAGCAGGAGCAACUCAUGGUAAUGUGGCUUAGCUGGAUGAUAAAGGAGGAAGCUUAUUUUGAAAGCAUUUCUGGUGUGUCUGCUUCUUUUGGAGAGAUGCUUCUCUUGGUAGCCAUGUAUUUCCAUAGUAAUCAGCUCAGUGCUAUCAUUGAUUUGGUCUGCUCCACCCUGGGAAUGAAGAUUGUUAUUAAGCCCAGCUCCCUCAGCAGAAUGAAGACAAUCUUCACACAGGAGAUUUUCACUGAACAGGUUGUUACAGCCCACGCGGUUCGCGUGCCUGUUACAGGCAGCCUCAGUGCCAACAUCACUGGGUUUUUACCUAUCCACUGCAUCUACCAGCUUUUAAAAAGUCGGUCAUUCACCAAGCACAAAGUAUCCAUUAAGGACUGGAUCUAUCAUCAGCUCUGUGAAACCACCACUCCACUCCAUCCUCAGCUGCUUCCCCUCAUUGAUGUCUACAUCAACUCCAUCCUUACUCCUGCAUCUAAAUCCAACCCAGAGGCCACAAACCAGCCGGUCACGGAACAGGAGAUACUGAAUGUUUUUCAAGGACUGUCUGGGGGGGAAAGUACCCGUCUUACUCAGCGAUACAGCAUCACCACACAGCUGCUUGUCCUCUACUACGUCCUGUCGUAUGAAGAAGCACUUCUGGCCAACACAAAGAUCCUAGCUGCCAUGCAGAAGAAGCCCAAGUCUUACUCUUCAGCAUUAAUGGAUCAGAUUCCAAUCAAGUACCUCAUCCGGCAGGCACAAGGACUGCAGCAGGAGCUGGGAGGCUUGCAUUCUGCACUGCUACGCCUGCUUGCAACUAACUACCCACACCUCUGCAUUGUGGAGGACUGGAUCUGUGAGGAGCAGAUCACUGGCACUGAUGCCUUACUGAGGAGGAUGCUUCUUACAAACACUGCCAAGAACCACUCUCCCAAACAGCUCCAAGAAGCAUUUUCCUUGCUGCCUGGAAAUCACACCCAGCUGAUGCAGAUCUUGGAACAUUUAACACUUCUCUCUGCUGCUGAAUUGAUCCCAUAUGCAGAAGUAUUGACAUCAAAUAUGAGCUGCUUGCUGAAUACUGGGGUCCCUCGAAGGAUUCUUCAGACUGUCAAUAAACUUUGGAUGGUUCUUAACACUGUGAUGCCAAGAAGGUUGUGGGUGAUGACUGUUAAUGCUCUGCAGCCUUCAGUGAAAACGAUCCGACAGCAGAAAUACACUCAGAAGGAUCUGAUGAUUGAUCCUUUGAUUGUACUAAGAUGUGAUCAGAGAGUUCACAGGAGCCCUCCCCUGAUGGAUAUAACUUUGCACAUGUUGAAUGGAUACCUUCUUGCUUCAAAAGCUUACCUCAAUGCUCACCUCAAAGAAACGGCGGAGCAGGAUAUUAGGCCAUCCCAAAACAAUCCAAUGGGUCCAGAGGCCCCAGAAGUUACAAGGGAAGAAUUAAAAAAUGCAUUGCUUGCUGCUCAGGACAGUGCUGCUGUGCAGAUUCUCCUGGAGAUCUGCUUACCUACAGAUGAAGAGAAAGCCCAGAGCAGUAAUACUGACAGUUUGCUGAAGAGUGUUCAGGGUAGCCCAGGCCCCAAGAGCCCUGAACUAGAAGAAGAAGAUAGCUUGCUGUGUAAUCUUCGAGAGGUCCAGUGUCUGAUCUGCUGCCUCCUGCAUCAGAUGUAUAUAGCUGAUCCCAACAUAGUCAAACUAGUUCAUUUCCAGGGUUACCCUUGUGAACUCCUGGCACUGACAGUGGCGGGGAUCCCAUCGAUGCACAUCUGUCUGGAUUUCAUACCGGAGCUCAUUGCCCAGCCUGAGCUUGAAAAGCAGAUCUUUGCCAUCCAGUUACUCUCAUUUCUGUGCAUCCAGUAUGCACUGCCCAAGUCUCUCAGCGUGGCUCGUUUGGCCAUCAAUGUGAUGGGAACCCUCCUCACAGUUUUGACCCAGUCGAAGCGCUACGUUUUCUUCAUGCCGACCCUGCCUUGUUUGGUGUCAUUCUGCCAAGCCUUUCCUCCUUUGUAUGAGGAUAUUAUGUCUCUGCUGAUACAAAUAGGACAAGUUUGUGCCUCUGAUGUUGCUACACAGACAAGAGACUUCGACCCAAUUAUUACACGUUUCCAGCAGCUAAAGGAGAAACCGCAUGAAGUGUCAGGACUUUGUAAAGAUUCAUCUAGCAAAAGUUGCUCCAGGGAUGUUGUGAGCAUGGACCCUGAUGUUCAGUUAUGCCAGUGUGUUGAAAAUACCAUCAUUGAAAUAAUUAACAUGAGUGUAAGUGGAGUUUAGGAAGAAGGCAAAUGAAACUGUACUUUAGCUAGUCCCACGGUCUGUGGUGCCUGAAUUUGGAGAAGGCUGUGAAAUUGGACUGAGGAACUGAAGCACAGGAAGUCUGUGGGUUUAUUCAU